AUGGAAGACGCGAGCAAUUUGAAGAGAAAGCGCGGUUUAGGUGUAGUCACACAGAAUGCUUGCACUGAAUGCAGGAAGAAGCGUGCAAAGUGCGAUGGCGGUGUUCCCUGCGCGAGGUGUGCGUCUCAAAAGAACGUCGAUUGUGUUUAUGAAGUCCCUGUGCGUCAAUCAAAGGAGAAUAUGAGAUCCGAAAUCGAACAACUGAAGGCUUAUCAACAACAAAGUGAGCGUGUGCUUGCUGCUAUUGCUUCACAUGAUCAAACCGCGCAGGUCAUUGAUCUACUUCGACAGGGCGAAGGAUUAAAGAGCAUUUCGGACAAUUUGCAAUGCCCGUCACAUACUGCAUCAGGCCAGGAGGGAAACAUCUCAACAUACACAAAUUUCACCGACCAUCAGGCUAUUGACAAUGCACUCAGGCCGGCUCGAGGAAUUAUCACAGCUCCUUUCACCAUGUCAGGAUUAGGAGAUUCACCGGGACAACUUGGCGAUGCUCAGAAUAUGGGGGGUCAAGGGUUGUGGAAUCAGUGGUCUGAUGUGAACAGCGGAUCAUCUGGCAUAGCUACUGGCGAUGAUUUGAUGAAUUGGACGGCGGAUCCUAUCCCGUUGCCUGAAAAUUAUGAUUGUUCGACCACUGGAGGUACUUGGAACGAUGAAAUAUCCGAUCAGUCUAUCCCGAAUAGUACAAUACAAUAUGCUAGAGGCCAAGGACAAGAAACUAUUCUUGGUAACAGUGUCAGUUCAUUGCAGGCAAAUAGUCCAGUUCAUCCUCCAGCAUCGUGGACUAAAGUUACAUCGGACUCUGAUCUUGUAGAUCAUCUCAUGGCACUUUAUUUCUGCUGGGAGUAUCCCACAUUUGCCUCGCUGAGCAAGGAGCAUUUUCUCCGCGACUAUAGAAAUGGCAAACGAGAGCAUUGUAGUGAGCUACUAGUGAAUGCGAUAUUGGCUUUGGGAUGUCGAUUCUCCACGCAUACAAAUGCACGGACUGAUCCUAAUGACAGUGCUACUGCCGGUAGCCAUUUCUUUGUCGAAGCUACACGUCUGCUUAAGUCCGAGAAAGACCAACAUCGCUUGACGACCAUUCAAGCGUUAGGAUUGAUGUCAAUUAGAGAAGCAAGUGCAGGUCGCUCUAGUGUGAGUAUUUAUCUUUCAGGGCAGUCCAUUCGAUUGUCAAUUGAGAUGGGUCUUGAAGCAGAAGGUCGGCAACCCACUGAACCAUUGGAAGGAGCGCAAGCGGUACGACUAGCUACGUUUUGGGGGGCGUUCUCUCUGGACCAGGCCUGGUCAUUGACGAUCGGACGACUACCUCAAUUCUCUCAUCUUACCAGAUUGCCCGUCAAGCCAGUAAUUGUGGAUUCAAUUGAAGCAUCAGCUUGGAUUCCAUAUACAGAUGAUGGCGCACCCUUGGGUCGCAAUUGCACUCAACCAUCGAAUAUUCGAAGCGUGUACGCAACAUUCUGCGAGCUUUCCGAGAUCGUUCAUCAAUCUUUGUAUCUUUUCUAUACUCCUGGUUCAAAUUUCACCAGCAACUCGUUACUCCAGGUGUAUACUCGGUAUCUCCGAUGGUAUGACUCUAUUCCUGCCGCUCUCCGUUUAGGACACAACUUUACGCCAGCUGUGCUAUUUUCACACAUGUACUAUCAUUAUGCCAUCUUACUUCUCUUCCGCCCCUUUAUCAAACUCUCUAUAGUCGGAUCGGGCGUCUCACCCCGUGACGUUUGCAACCAAGCUGCAGAUGCAAUUUCCACCCUCACGAGCUCAUACGCUCAACUUUAUACCCUCAGGCGUACUCCUUCAUUCGUACCCCACUUUCUCCUCGUCGCCAGCAUCACUCACCUCGUAACGUUGGGGAAUACCAAGAUCGGCACCGAAAAGGUCACGCAAGGAAUCACAGACCUCAAAGACAUGGCCAAAUGUCAUGGAUUUUCUUCCCGCGCUUGUAAUAUUCUUCGUCACCUAGCUCGAAAAUGGAACAUCGCAGUCCCAGAUGACAACGAAGAGCAAACAGAGCCUGAUACUCUCGAUGCUCAGGCUCGUCCUUCGUCUGUCUCGUUUAAUCAAUUUUGUACAGAAGUGGACGGCUCGGAUAUGAUGCGAGGUAUUGGGGUAGCGAACGCAGAAGAGGAUCCCCUCUUUUGGCCAUUUCCUAUGCAGGGAAGACCGUUGAUGGCAUACAAAGGCGACAGCCUCGAAAAGCUGGGGUUUGAGCUCUUGCGAAACUGA